AGUUUCAUCGUUAUAAUGUUCUGAUUUCUUAAUUUUUCUAUAUUUUUCAAGAUUUUGAUAUUUCUUGACGCAGAAAGUUUAGUUUAAAAUAAAGAACCUAAUACAAAAAGCAAAAUUUCAUGCCAAUUUUUGUAUUAAAUGUGUUGGUAUUCAUAAACAAAUGGAUACACGUAACGCAGAAAUUUGUGGUUUUUUGUAUGUUAAAUUAGUAGGACAAAGAUAUAUUGCACGUAAAGUAAGAAAGAAAGUAUUGGUAUCAUCAAAAGUAUGGAAACGACUUUGGUGCUGUAUAAAAAAAUUAGGUUCUGGUAUACAAAUACAAUUCGAUAAGAUUAAUCGUAAUAGUAAUGCUCUGAAACAAAAAGUAAAAGACAAUUCUGUAACAAUAGGACCAAGUGCUAUCAUAUACCGCAUUCAUUCUAAAACUAAGCAGUUUGCUUUUGGUAUAUUACAAGGAAAAGAUAGAAAACUUUUAUUAUCAUUAUCGACUGAUUCAGAAACUGAAACACAGCGUUGGAUGAAGAAUAUUAGAUAUUUAUUGAAUCCUAAAAAAGAUUGUAUAAAGAAGUCAUAUAAUGUAUCUAUAGUUGAUAAUGCUCAUUCAAAAGCAGCAGGAUUAAUUGGUUUAUAUGGAAAUUUAACUGCCACUGAAACAGGAAUAUUUAUUCAAAGUCCUCAUAUAGAUAAAAUAAUUAAAUCUUUUAAAUGGAAGGAAUUUGGUCAAUUUCAUUUAAUGACAGCAGGUCGUCCAGAAGAUGUAAAACGUAUUUGUGUAAUACAUACAACUAAAGAAUUUUGCUGCGGUACUGGAGAACUUUAUUUAUUUUGUCUUGAUGCUGAUAAAUUAUUACAAGACCUAGUAACACAAGGUCGUGGUCCAAAAUAUAGACAAAAAUCUUUGAAUUUUAAUAAGAUCUACGAAGUAUCAAAACAACAUAAUGAACUUGUUGGUUCCUUUUCACAAGGAAGUAAUUCGUGGUCUAUAUUGGAUAUAAAAACAGAUUGCGAAGCUAUAGAGAAUGUAUAUCAAUCUAUAUCUGCUAGCUUGACAAAUAAUGUGUUAGAUUUUUAUAAUUAUGAAAAAUUUGAUAUAUCUACUGCUUCUGGAAUUUAUGAAGAAAUUGUGGACAAUGUAUAUUCUACUAAGUUAAAAGCUAAUUCUUUAAAUAUAUAUGAAGAUAUAGAUCAAAUUUUGUAUAAUCUACAAAUAAAACCCCCACCAUUGCCACUACGACAGAGGCAAAGACCAGAAUGCACAGAGAAAGUUAGGUUAGAUACAAAAGAAUAUUUUGAUGCAGAAAUUUGUGAUCUUGAGGAAAAUCUACAAAGUACUGAUGUAUGUAAACAGGAAAUUAUUUUUAUAGAAAACUCCAAUUAUGUUCCAAUGUCACCACAAUUGAGAAACCUUAACUUGUUCAAAUCUGAUGCUAUAGAAAAUGCAAAACAAGAUGAUUAUGUAACUAUGCGAUAACUUAUGUCCUGUAAGUAAUCCAUAGAAAAUUAUGAAUAACAUAUGUUGUAAUAUUAAAUAUGGAAAUAGGUAAAUGAAAUCGUUUUCCCUAUACAUAUAUACAUAUAGACAUU